GAGCAGGCAGGCAGACAAGCAGGCAGGACCCAAGGCAUAAGCUCACAUUCAGGGACAGACACGGACGUAUGGACGCCAAUUCUCUCUUCUCCCCUUAAAUUCAAGUGCCCUGACAUUUAUUCACCACGUCUUCCACAGGAAGUUUCCCUUUGGUGACAAGUGGACGCUAGCAAGUUUGGUUGCGUCGGCGGACACUUCCAGAAAGCGAAAAGUUUGCGGUGGAUCUUGUUAAGGAAUGCCUGUGACCAGCCGCGGGUGUCCGGACAGAUAACCAGGUGCGCCGCUGCCGUCAUGGCGAGGCCAGCGGGGUGGCUUUCUCGUUUCUCUGUGGUCACCCUGGCCCUGGAGAUGCUGGUGACGUCGUCUGUGGAAGUGGAACUUGAGUGGCACUUCAAUGCAGCUCAGUGUCGUUACGCCCUGGGGAUGGAGGAUGGCAGCAUCCCAGACUCUGACAUCACUGCCUCCAGCGCCUGGUCCGACUCCACCGAGGCCAAGCAUGGCAGGUUGAGCAAAGGAGAAGGAGACGGCGCUUGGUGCCCCGCAGGCGCAGUCUUCCCCAGCGGAACGGAGUACCUUCAGGUGGACCUGCACAAACUCCACUUCCUGGCACUGGUUGGCACGCAGGGUCGCCAUGCCGACGGGCACGGUCAGGAGUUUGCCCGUAUUUAUCGGCUUCACUACUCCCGAGACGGAGUGAAGUGGCUCACCUGGAAGGACCGCUGGGGCCAGGAAGCGGUGUCGGGGAACGAGAACACCUACGAUGUGGUUCUGAAGGACUUGGGCCCUCCUAUAGUGGCCCGUAUGGUGCGCUUCUACCCACUGGCUGACAGGGUCAUGAGUGUCUGCCUACGAGUGGAACUCUAUGGCUGUGUGUGGACAGAUGGUUUAAAGGCUUAUACAGCUCCCGUGGGCCACGUCAUGAACCUGUCAGGCAUGCCCGUCAACCUGAACGACUCCACCUACGAUGGAAGCACACAGCAAGGCUUGCAGUUUGGCGGCCUGGGUCAACUGUGCGAUGGCGUCCUGGGAGGAGACGACUUCAUGGAAACCAAAGAGCUGAGGGUGUGGUCCGGCUAUGACUACCUGGGCUGGAAUAAAGAUGUUCUCGGGAAGCCCAGCGUGGAUAUCGAGUUCCAUUUUGAGAAGCCACGUGUCUUCCGUACCAUGCAGGUGCACAGUAACAACCGUCACACUGAGGGCGUGCGGGUGUUCAACAAGGUGGAGUGUCUCUUCAAGCCGGACAUCCUGCAGCCAUGGUUGUCUCCGGCUCUUGCACUGUCUGUGCCUCUAGAAGACCUGAAGGACCCGUCCUCUCGAACCAUCUCUUUGCCACUGGGAGGACAUGCGGCUCAGAUAUUGCGCUGCAAGUUCUAUUUCGCAGACCGCUGGCUGCUACUCAGCGAGAUAUCAUUCCUGUCUGAGCCUUUUGAAAAGGACGUCACACGGACACAUUUCAACUAUCCCACCGCGAGCUCCUCACCUGCUCUCAAGCGCACCUCCUCUAUCUCCCCAGCGCCGAGUCGCAGCGCAUCCAACACCACCGCAUCAGUUUCCGCACCCCCCAUCAUUGCCACCUCCACCUUCAUGAUGGACACCACCACUAACUGGACUCUCUCAGGCUCGGAGUUUGCCGCCGUGUCUCCGAGGGCGGGGCUUCCCGUGGCCAAGGACGACAGCAACAACACGGCCAUUCUGAUUGGCUGCCUGGUGGGCAUCAUCCUGCUGCUGCUGGCCGUCAUCGCCGUCAUCCUGUGGAGGCAGUACUGGAAGAAGCUGCUGGGGAAGGCCCAGGGCAGCCUCUCGGGCGACGAGCUGCGCGUGCACCUGUCCGUCCCCUCGGACAACGUGGUCAUCAACAACACGCACAGCUACUCCAGCCGCUACCAGCGCAUCCACACCUUCCCCGACGACCCCGAGCGGGAGGGCGAGUGCGAGUACCAGGAGCCAAGCGCCUUGCUUCGCCCGCGGGACCACCGUGACAGCACGGCCUUGCUGUUAAACAACCCGGCCUAUCACCUGCUCCUGUCAGAUCACAGGAAAGAAUCGGGGCCCAGCACCUGUCAGGCUCAGGAAAAGCGCCUCAAUGUGCCGCAUGCCUGCGGACUGGACUUGAACCCGGAGAAGAGUUUCCCCCCGUCUCAGGAUGAGCCUCCACCCUACCCCGGGUCGCCGCCUUACCCCGCCCUGUCGCCGCCCGUGUCCCCCCCGCUUCCCCCCAGCGUGCCGCACUACGCCGAGGCCGACAUCGUGAGCCUGCAGGGCGUCAGCGGCAACAACACCUACGCCGUGCCCGCCCUGGCCUCGUCCGGCCUGGGUGGAGCGGACGCCGCCCCUUUGCCGGAGCUGCCCCGUCAGUGUCUCAUCUUCAAGGAGAAACUGGGGGAGGGACAGUUUGGCGAGGUGCACCUGUGUGAAAUAGAAAACCCUCAAGACCUUCCUAACCUGGAAUUUCCCUUCAACGUGAGGAAAGGUCGCCCUCUGCUGGUGGCUGUCAAGAUCCUGCGGCCUGAUGCCUCCAAAAAUGCCAGGAAUGACUUCCUGAAGGAGGUGAAGAUCCUUUCCCGCCUUAAAGACCCCAACAUUAUCCGUCUGCUGGGCGUGUGCGUGAGCAGCGACCCCCUGUGCAUGGUCACCGAGUACAUGGAGUGCGGAGACCUCAACCAGUACCUUUCCCACCGGGUGCUGCUGGAUAAGAGCGGACCUUCACACAACACUCCCACCAUCAGCUACCCGGCUCUCAUCUCCAUGGCCGGCCAGAUCGCCUCCGGCAUGAAGUUCCUCUCCUCGCUCAACUUCGUGCACCGCGACCUGGCCACACGCAACUGCUUGGUGGGCGGCGAGCUGGGCGAGAGCGGAGGCGACCCGAGCGGCGAGCGCCACAUCAAGAUCGCCGACUUCGGCAUGAGCAGAAAUCUGUACGCGGGAGACUACUACAGGAUCCAAGGACGAGCCGUGCUGCCCAUCCGCUGGAUGGCCUGGGAGUGCAUCCUCAUGGGUAAGUUCACCACCGCCAGUGACGUGUGGGCGUUCGGGGUCACCCUGUGGGAGAUGCUGAGCGUCUGCCAGGAGCAGCCUUACUCCAACCUGACGGACGAACAAGUCAUCGACAACGCCGGCGAGUUCUUCAGAGACCAGGGCAGACAAGUGUAUCUGGGCAAACCCGCCGUGUGCCCCCAGGGUCUCUACGAGCUCAUGUUGAGCUGCUGGAACAGAGACUGCAAGCUCCGCCCAUCUUUUGGCGACAUCCACUCCUUCCUCACAGAGGACGCCAUGAACAUGGUGUGAGACGCUGGUGGGGUCGAGUCUUUUAUUAAAACACUUUUUGGGCCGAGGGGGUGCUUGAGACGCUGCUGGUUCAGUUGAAUCCCACACCUGGACCCCCAGAAACCUGCAGUAAACUUAGCGUGACAUGCUGUAGAUCUGACCUUACGUAGUACAACGUGGUGGUGGUGGUGGUGGUGCUUUCUGCAUUACAAGACUUCUUUCUUUUUUUCCAAAGAGGACAGGGAGUAUCUUCUAAAUGCUGGCAGACUGUUAGGUGUAGUGGUUCACAUAGUUUAAUACAGCCCUCCCAGCUCCCCUCCUGCAAAUAACAUGUAAUGGUUCACAUUAGAGAUGCGCGGUUUGCGGGCGGAUGAAAUUAAAAAAAAUUCGAUUUUAUCCGCGGGUCGGGUCGGGCGGUUGAAAUAAAAAAAAAAUUAGAUUUUAAAUAGAUUCAGGCGGGUGGCAGUUAAACCAAUUGGGAAAUAUAUAUACAUAGUUAAAUGUUGUUACCCACAUACGAAAAACGAGCAGGCACCUGCUGCAUAUGCCACAACAGAAGAAAAAAAAGAAAAAGAGAUGGACACUUUUACGGAGCGGA